GUGCUGUCCGACCCGAAGCUCUACGCCUCCAGUACUCCUCACUGCUGCAUCGUCGCCGCUGACACUGCUGUGGUUCUGUUUGAUUCCAGCUUUCAGACGGUCCUCAUUCACCUGUAUUUUGACACUGUGGUGGAUGCAGUCACGGUUUGCCCCCAAGCGCAGUUUCUUCUGGUGGGAGAGAGGAAUGGAAGUCUACACAUCAUCUAUGUCCCUCUGAAAAAGACCGUGCUGACCAAAACUCUGCUCAAACCAAACCCCUCUGAUGGUGCGGAGACCACCUUCAAGAGCCUAAUCCUGCACGAGACCCCUGCUUCUGAAGGAGUGUAUGAUCUCUUUUUCAUUGUUAAUGAUGGUUUCCUCCACACAUCCAAUGUUGCCUUGGGAAAAAUACAGAGAGCCAUUGAAAACAUGGAUCUAGUGGCCUUAAAUAAGAUCCAAGAUGAUAUUCUUAUGAACUUCUGCUCAACUACAGAGAUUCAUGAAGACGGCUGCAACUCGGCGAGUCUGCUCUGUUUGGGAAGCACAGUCCACCUUCUGAUUGGAGCUGUUGGUGUCAGUGUUCUGUCACUUUGGACCAUGGGCCCCGAGCAGAAAUCAUUGUCUCUCACAAAACUCCUCGACUCUGCUUUAAUGUCAGAGGUGAAGAAGAUUCAAGUUGUGGAUAAUUUGAUGUAUGUUCUGAACAAAGAGGUAAGAGAAAACUGCUGUUGA